AGUUCAGCUGUAGAGUAGUUGACUAUACAGCCGCGCGUUGAAGCUCUGUGUUGCAAGAUGGUGUACAACUGGAGCAAGUACGAUGGCAAAUACUACCUCAACGGUGCCUUGUGUGGCGGCAUUUGCUGCUCCAUCACACACGGCGCCUUGUGCCCUGUAGAUGUGGUGAAGACUCGCAUCCAGCUUGACUCGGUGAAGUACCAGGGUGGUCUCCUGAGCGUGGGCAGGCAAGUUGUGGCUGAGGAGGGUGCUUCGGUGCUCGCAACAGGCUUGGGACCUACUGCGAUGGGCUACUUUGUGCAGGGAUGGUUCAAGUUUGGAGGCAACGAGUUCUUCAAGAUUCAGUUUACCAAGUCGUUGGGUGACCAGAAGGCAUGGGACAUGAAGACACCCAUCAUGCUUGGAGCCUCAGCUUGUGCGGAGUUCAUCGCAGACAUCUUCCUGUGCCCACUCGAGGCUGCACGCAUUCGUCAGGUGUCUGACCCCACCUUCCCCAAGGGCACCCUGGCCGCCAUGCAGACCUUGGUGCAGAGGGAGGGCCUCAUGGGCUGGUAUGCGGGCUUCUUCCCCAUCCUCUGCAAGCAGAUCCCAUACACCAUGGCCAAGUUUGCAGUGCAGGGCACUACCGAGAUUGAAAUCUACAAGGCUCUGCCCUACAAGCGCGAGGAAAUGAGCAAGGGGCAGAAAAUGGGUGUGUCCGUGUCUUCCGGCUUCAUUGCUGGAGUGGCAGCAGCCAUCAUCUCUCAUCCUGCUGACUCGCUCUUGUCCAAGAUCAACAAGAAGGGCGCUGGUGGCGACGGCGGCAUGGUGUCCCGCCUGGCCAACAUUGCCAAGGAGACCGGAUUCGUGAAGCUUUGCACCACUGGCCUUGGACCCAGGUGCAUUAUGAUUGGCACCCUCACCGCUGGCCAGUUCCUCAUUUUUGACACCCUGAUGCCCAUCAUGGGAGUUGAGAAGUUUCACUUCCACGACCCAUCCAAGCCUCACUGAGCAAAGGGUCCAUCGCUUAGGCUGAAACUUUGCCCAAAAGGCAAUGUACCACAAGCCACAGAAGAAAA